UGUGAAAAUUCCGUGAGAUUUGAGAGAGAAGCACGUUAGGUAGAGGGCUAUAUAAGUAGAGAUAAGGUGACCCUGGAAAUGCAAGAGAGUAAACACCAAAGUGAGGCCACCAAAAAAAAAAUUGAGAGAGUUUUCAGAUUUUGUAGAGUGUUUGAUCAUUUAAGUUUUCUUCUUAAUUCCCCCAUUUUUUCUGUAAUUCCCCGCUUCUCUGAAUCCCUUUCUGUCAUCAUCUGUCUUUCAAGCUGAGAAACAUUGUGUCAAAAACAAAGCUUAAACAAGCCUACCAGGUUGUUUUUUCUUUUGAAAGCCAGGUGAUCCAGAAUAGAGAUCCAGGUUUUUGUUUUGUGUUUUGUUUUUUUAGUUACAAACUUUUAAUCUUUAUUUUCAUCAGCUAAGAGGGUUUGUUUUUGGUCCCUCAAGGUUGGUUUUUAUCAAACUAUUGCCUGUUCUGUUGUUUUGGCUAAGAAACAGGUUGUUUUAACUAGUUUUGGGAUAUGGCAGCAGCUAUAGAUAUGUUUAAUAGCAGCAGCAGCAGCAGCUCAGUUUUCUCAGAUCCUUUUAGAGAAGAGUUAAUGAAAGCACUUGAACCUUUUAUGAAAAGUGCUUCAUCUACCUCUCCUUCAUCUUCUUCUUCUUCUUCUUCUUCUUCUUCUUCAUCUUAUCCUUCUCCUUCUUCCCAAACUUCCUUUUCUUAUUACCCUUCCUACUCCUACUCUCAACUCACUUCUCCUUCACAGCCUGAGAUUUAUCCUGAAUUUUGCUCCCCAUCGAGCACCCACUUGUUUUCUAAUCAUGGGUUCUCUAAUUAUAACAACAUGAUGGGUUUUGAGCAAACGGGUUCGAUUGGGCUUAACCAACUCACCCCUUCUCAAAUUCUCCAAAUUCAAGCCCAAAUCUAUCAACAACAGCAGCAGCAGCAGCAGCAGCAGCAGCAACAGCAACUUGUUUCUAUGGCUACAACAACAUCCCUUCAAAAUCCCAGGCUUAACUUUCUUUCACCAAAAACUGUCCCUAUGAAACAUGUCUCCUCCACCCCUCCAAAGCCUACAAAACUCUAUAGGGGAGUGAGACAGAGGCACUGGGGCAAAUGGGUAGCUGAAAUCAGACUCCCCAAGAACCGAACCCGCCUUUGGCUUGGCACUUUUGAUACAGCCGAGGAAGCAGCUCUGGCUUAUGACAAGGCUGCUUACAAGCUUAGAGGAGAAUUUGCUAGGCUCAACUUCCCACACCUCAAGCACCAAGGAGCUCAUGUUUGUGGAGAAUUUGGUGAUUACAAGCCUCUCCAUUCCUCAGUUGAUGCAAAGCUACAGGCCAUCUGCCAGAGCUUGCAGAAACAAGGGAAUUUAGGAAAGACCUGUUCUGUUUCCGAUUCAAAACCUAACAGUGUUGCUCCUGCACAGACUAAGGUUGAGUUUAAUUACCCUGUAAAGAGUGAGGAGUUUGAGCAGUCUCCAAGAUUUUCUGAUACUAAAGUGGAGAAUUCACUGUCAUCAUCAUCAUCCCCGGAUUUAUCCGACGAGUCAUUGGCAGGAUCAUCUUCACCAGAAUCUGAUAUCACUUUCUUGGAUUUCUCUGAUUCAAAGUGGGAAGACAACGAAAACUUCGGUUUGGAAAAGUACCCUUCAGUGGAAAUUGAUUGGGAAGCCAUCAGGGAACUAUCUGAGUCUUAAAAAAAGGAAAAUAAAAUACAACUACUAUCAUGUAAUCUACUUGUAUUUUCUUAGGUCCAAGUAUAUUUUGUCAUUUAGGCUUUUUCUAGUGUCUCAAGUGGUCUCUACAAUAAAUUUUUGACAUUUGUAGAGGUGCUAACGAGCUUUAAUUAGUUAUCAGUUCAGAAUCUGUAUCAUGUUAAUAUGUGUAAGAAAGAGGUAUCUCCUUCUAGAGGUCAGGUAUUGCUGGUACUUUUUUCCCUAGCAACGGCCAUUGGAGAGCUUCAAGUUUAUGUUUGGUUGCAUCAUUGUAGGUCGAGUGUAAAAUUAAGAAAACUGUUAUCAUUUGAAUAUAUAUUUAAUGUACCUUUUCUCUUAAAAAAAUUUUCUGUAUCUUUAUGUAAAUCUAAAUGGUUUGCAUGUGUUGGUGUUUGAUUCUGCUUCUUCACCUUUUUGUGCCCUUAAACAUUUCUCAUCCAACAAAAUUUUGAUAUAAUCUAUGAAAUGGAGCCAUGUUUUUAUAAAGCAGAACAAUCAAUCCAAUUGAUUCCAUUUGUUUUGUAUUUGUAUUUUCUUUAUCCUCUGAUUGUGGUUCUUGUAGAUAACUUUUCAUGUUCAACCUGUCUAGACUCUGUGCUUGGCAUUGAACCUCUAAUUUAUGUAAGGCUUUCUAAUUUGAUCAACACUGAGAGGUCUCUCUUCCUAAACUUUUUUAU